CUAGGUGUCACCAGUGAUGUCGGCGGUCAGUGGUGGGUUUCCUUUUCUACCAACGAAGAAGUCUCAACAUCCGGCCUGUAGCGCCCUUUUCGAUGUGUGACUGUCCUGGAAUUGGACAGAGAAAUUAACAAAAAACUAUCACAAUUGGUCCCGCCGAAGCCCUACAGCCGCGAGGAGGAUUUAGAUGUAAAGAUCUAAUGUUAAAAGACCAAAAGAUGUCCGUGGUGUUGGACGGGAGUCCCCUGAAAGCGAUGCAGAGCUCACACACUCACACACCGCAGACUGCCCUGAGCGGCCAGGAACUCUCCCAGGAGAUCAAGUCCUUCAUCAGCGGCAUUGACACCGUUCAGGGCCGGAAGCUCAGUGUCCGGGAACACGCCCGCUGCGCUGUGCGCCUUCUGCGCUCGGUCCCGGCCUGUCGAGGUGCGGUGCUGGAGCAUUUGAGGGGAGUGUAUGAUGAGCACGUCUCUGCCUUCCUGCACAACCUGGAGACAGAGAGCGAUGCCAGCUCCGGGGUCAGCUCCAACCUGGAGGACAUCAUACAGGAGGUACAUGGCGUGCUGUCAGAGUUCAUCUGUCUCAACCCUCGAGCCUGGGCCCCUCUGGUGUCCACUUGGGCUGUGGACUUGUUGGGCCAGCUGAGCAGCAAGCACGCCGGCCGUAGGGUGGCCCCCCACUCAUCCAGUCUCAAUGAGCUGCUCCAGCUCUGGAUGUCCUGUGCUGCCACCCGGUCCCUCAUGGAGGCCUACUCCCAGUCUUUGGCCGCCAUGCUGGCCUGGUGCCCUGAUGCGUGUGUGGAUGCGCUGUUGGACACCUCGGUUCAGCACUCCCCGCAUUUCGAUUGGGUCGUGGCUCACAUUGGCUCCGCCUUCCCGGGUACUAUCAUCAGCCGAGUCUUGGCAUGUGGACUUAAGGAUUUCUGCUCUCAUGGUGCCAAGGAUCAAGGGCUAAUGGUGAUGGUAGGGGAUAAAGGCAGCAGAGUGCCAAAGAUUGGCUCAGUGGUGGGAAUCCUUGGACACCUUGCAGUGCAUCACUCAGACAGCAUCCGGAAGGAGCUGCUCAGGAUGUUUCAGGAAAGCCUGAGUCCGUCAAGUCCUCUAUCUCCCACCUCGUCCUCAACAUCUUGGGAGAGUUCUCCUCAACUCCGUCGUGCGGCUGUACCGUUUCUGCUGCAGCUGGCUGCAAUGUCCCCCAACCUGUUUGGUGCAGUGUCUGCAGAGCUGGUGGAGCUCCUACGCCCUCCUGUUCUGCUCCAGCUGCAGGCCCUACUGCAGGGCCUUCCCCGAGAGGAACUGGAUAACAUGCUGGGGCUGGCUGUCCACCUUAUAAGCCAGAGCCCAUCGGGAGGGUCGCGGGUCCUCCGUUUUCUGGCCGACACGGCGACCCCGGCCUCCGUCAUCAUCUCCGGGCCUACCCCCUCUCCCCAUGAAGGUGUCAGAGAAGGCUGCGAUCGCCUCCUCCAGAUGCUGCUUCUGCAUCUCCAUAAACUGGUCUUCAACCGCUCAGAUGGAGCCGAAGUCAACCCACAUCACCCGGCUCUCUCUCAACCCAAGCGACUCAUCCCCUUCUUGGAGGAGCUGCAGUCCCACGUCGGUGAGCUCUGCGCACAGACCCUGCGACUGGAAAGGAAGCGGCACCUCUGGCUGCACCAGUUGCUGUGCCUGCUGUCCGUAUAUGGAGGUCCCAGCGUGGCCACUGAGGCCCUCUGCCAGCUACUCACCCAGGCCCACAACCCGGAGGAGCUGGCUCUGGCCUGGCAGCUGCACACCACACUCUCCUCUUGCAUGGCAGGACUCAUUCCUACCGCUGUUUCCCGCUGCGUAGCGCAGAUCCAUACACACACCCUGGGUCCCCGACAGCUGAGGCAGCUAUUGCUUAACCUGGCCGCAGCCAUCCAGAGUCGAGACGAGGAGAGACGAGGAGGAGCAGGAGGAGCAGCAGCAGGAGGAGCAGCAGGAGGAGCAGCAGGAGGAGCAGCAGGAGGAGCAGCAGGAGGAGCAGGUGUUCAGGCCUCCAUGGCCAUCCAGAUGGGCUCAGCGGUCUCGGGACACCUCCAUGAUUUUGGCCCACUCCUUCUCCACGGGGACUCGGCUGUCUCUCAUGCUACUGUGCGCCUCCUGUCCUGUAGCCCACUCCCACGCGCGUCCUCCCCGGCACAAUUGCUCUUGCUCUGCCGUGCCGCCGUCACCCAUUUCUUUAUGGGGCUGCGGAGGAGAGUGGAAGGAGGGAAGGUGGGGAGAGACGGGGGACAGGCGUGCGAGGCGGUGAACUGUUCGGUCCUGCUCCUGUCCCGCUUGGCGGCGUAUUCUCCGCUCACCCUCAAAGUGGUACUCCAGCUGCUGGUGGAGGGAGCUCUACAUAAAGGCAACACCGGGCUGUUUGGAGGGCAGAUGGCGGACAUGUCUGGUGCUCCUUUGCCCUCCGCAUCUGUGUCUCGAGACAUCGGCGCCUCUCUGCUGGAUGUCAACUGUCGGUUCGGUACCAUCGUCAACUUCUCUGGCAGCGUUUGGUCUGUGUUUCACGCUGGUGUGAUUGGCAAGGGGCUGAAGGUCCGCACUGAAACACAGCUGCCUGACCCAUCGGGCGUCAUGCAGAACGUGCAGACUCUGCUGACUGUGGUAGUGCAGUGUUGCAGCUCUUCUGGCCUCAACGGCUCCAUCAACAGCUCGCGACCACCAUCCGACCCGGGGGAGCCGCUGCCCAUCAACGCCGAGGCAGCCAAGGUCAUUGCCGUUACCUUGGUGGAAAACGUCUGUCCAGAUGUGGCCAAUGGUGAGCUUUCCUGGCCCCCAGAAGAGCAUGCCCGUACCACGGUGGAGCGAGACAUCCACAUCCGGCGUUGCUUUGAGGCCCACCCAGUGCUCUUCCCGCUACUUCAGGUGGUGGCAGCCGGACGCCCGGCUCUCUGCUACUGCUCAGCCGUGCUCCGAGGCCUCCUGGCCACCCUGCUGGCCCACUGGGAGGCCUCCCGGGAGACGUUGUCCACAGACGACCCGUGGCACCUCCAGGCUUCCUGCCUCCUGGUGUCCUGCAUGGGGGAGGGCCAGCUCCUGCCUCCGGUCCUGGCCAACGUCCACGAAGCCUUUCCCCACCUCACCCCCUUCGAGGUGAGACUGCUGCUCCUGGCCGUGUGGGAGUAUGUGAGAGGCAAUGGGCCCAUGCCCCAGAAGUUUGCCUUUAGCUCAGAAAGGGGGGUGUUCUGCAGGGAUUUCUCUCGGGACGGUGACGUGGCAAGAUAUGUGGCACCGAUUCAGAGUGUCCUGCAUAAAAACAUUGAUAGAUUGGGACAUCUCUGCUGGCGGUUCCAGCUCUGAAGAGUUGUGUGGAGAAAACAGUGUGGAGUAUGUAAUGAGAAGUAAAUAAACUAUGAAAUAGGCAGAAUGCUGUGUUGCGUCGCUCUGAGAGCGGCCCGCAAAGUUGCUUUCACUCCACUGUCAUAACCGUUUGUUGCACGUUUGUGCACGUGUUUUUGUGUUUGCCUUCCUUUUUUGUACCAUAUUUUUAGACUUGAUACUUUUCUAACUAGUUGUUUCUGUGACAGACUAGGGGACAAGAAAAAUAGCACUCAUGUAUAUUAUGUUAUUAAAUAUUUGCGCCAUACAAAGCACAGCCUUAAUGUGUGACUUUGGUUGGAAAAUUCAAUUUAUUCACUCUUAAAUGGUUUUGUGUCAUUUUAACAUAGCAUAUGUUUUCAAAUUGUGGCUACAAAAAUGCCUUCUAUCUGUUAUACACCCUAAAAACUGUUGUUUAAACCACUUUACAAAAUAAAUAACU